UGGAAACUGGGAGAUAACAAAGAAAGAAAUUGGAUGUUUAUAUUAAUAUUUACACUAUUUGAUCUUCUAAGUGCAUAAAACGAAUAAGAAAAUGUCUAAGCUGUUAGACGCAGCAAGUAAAGCGAAUAUCACCAAAAGAAAAUUAGCCUUGGGAGCUACAAUUUGUGUAUUGGCAGCCUUCGGUGUCAAACGGUAUUGCCCACAACUGGGGAAAUUAGUAGGGUUGUCAUUUCUUGAAAGCAAGACGAAAAAGCUCCCUGUAAAGGAUAAAAAUUCAAAACACAUAUCCACUCAAACCAAACGAUCUCCAACUGUUGAUAAGCAGUUUUUCAAACAACUCAAAUAUCUCCUCAAAAUCGUCAUUCCAAAGUUAUGGUCCAAGGAAUUUGGAGUAUUGUUUUUGCACACGUUGAGUUUAAUUACAAGAACAUUUCUGUCGAUUUAUGUUGCUACAUUAGAUGGCGCUAUUGUUAAGACAAUAGUUCAGAGAGAUGUGAAAAAAUUUAUGAUCCAGUUGUCAAAGUGGCUGCUUCUUGCUGUACCAGCGACUUUUGUGAACAGUUUAAUUCGUUACCUGGAGAGUAAUUUGGCAUUGUCUCUGCGUAGCAGGUUGGUUAACCAUGCAUAUAACAUGUACUUCAGCAAACAAACUUACUACAGAGUUAGUAAUUUGGAUAGUCGUCUCACAAAUGCUGACCAGUGUUUGACGGAAGACAUAAUAUCAUUUACUUCGGCACUUGCACAUUUAUAUUCACAUUUGACGAAGCCGCUGCUAGAUGUUGCACUCAUGUCAUAUACUCUGUUCCAUUUGGCAAGCAGUAGAGGAGCCAGUUCAAAAAUUCCAAUUAUUAUCGGAACUGCAUCUAUUGUUAUAACGGCCUAUGUUUUGAGGGCAGUUUCACCACGAUUUGGAAAACUUGUUGCCGAAGAAGCAAAGCGGAAGGGAAUCCUGAGGUUUAUGCAUUCAAGAAUAAUUACCAAUGCAGAAGAAAUAGCAUUUUAUGGUGGACACAAGAUUGAAAAGAGUCACCUUACAAGAUGUUUCAAGUCGCUGGCUGAUCAGAUGAACACAAUCUACCUAAAGAGACUUUGGUACAUCAUGUUGGAACAGUUUCUCAUGAAGUAUUUGUGGAGUGCCAGUGGCUUGGUGAUGGUUGCUGUUCCCAUAAUGUCAGUCACAGGGCUCCGCAGAGAUGGCACUAACGUGGAUGAAGAUCCCGACGGCGGGGUCAGUGAGAGGACACAGUCGUUUACGACAGCCAGGAAUCUCCUCAUCAGUACGGCAGAUGCCAUUGAGAGACUGAUCUCAUCGUACAAAGAAAUCACAGAGCUGGCUGGUUACACUGCUCGUGUGUCAGAAAUGUUACACGUGUUUGAGGAUUGUAACAGAGGACUCUACCAAAGAAACCUAGUGUCGAAGCCUGGACAGCUGAAUGGACAACUGGAAAUUAAGGGUCAUGUUGUUGACACAGAAUCAACAAUUGAUAUCAAACAGCUGCCAGUCAUCACACCAAAUGGAGACGUCAUUGUGCCAAGCCUUUCAAUGAAGAUAGAACAUGGGAUGCAUUUGCUAAUAACUGGCCCCAAUGGCUGUGGAAAGUCAUCUCUGUUCCGAAUACUGGGAGGUCUGUGGCCAGUGUACAAAGGGAAUGUGCAUAAACCUCCACCUUCUUCCAUGUUUUACAUUCCACAAAGGCCCUACAUGUCAGUUGGCACUCUGAGAGAUCAAGUUAUCUACCCUGACACCGUGGAUGAGAUGGAGCAGAAAGGUUUUACUGACCGCGACCUGGAAAGAAUUCUGGAAAUGGUGAACCUCAAGCACAUAAUCACCAGAGAAGGAGGUUGGGAUGUUGAGUGUGACUGGAAGGAUGUCUUGUCGGGUGGUGAAAAACAGCGUAUGGGUAUGGCUCGAAUUUUCUAUCAGAAGCCAUUGUUUGCCCUGCUUGAUGAGUGUACGAGUGCCGUGUCAAUUGACGUAGAGAGUAAAAUCUACCAGAGCGUUAAAGAUUUGGGCAUUACACUUCUCACAAUCACACAUCGCCCAUCUCUGUGGAAGUUCCACACCCAUCUGCUGCAGUUUGACGGAGAGGGCGGCUGGCGAAUGGAACAGCUGGACAACACAACGAGACUGACAUUAAACGAGGAGAAACAGCAGCUAGAAUCGCAGUUGGCUGGAAUCCCCAAGAUGCAGUCUCGUCUCAAAGAACUGUGCUACAUUCUCGGCGAAGACUCGGUCCUACUCAACAAGAAGGGAAGUUUCGUCGAGGUGGAAACUUCGGAAGAUGUUUCUGUGAUAAAAUCAGUGCAAGAAAGCUGAUAUCUUGGAGUUGUGGGUUGAUUAUCUGUAGGAAAACCUUUUGAAGAAUGAUUGUUGGCUGUAACCCACUAGAUUUAUGCAAAUUCAGGGCACAAUAGUUCAAUCAGCCAUCAUUCUGUUCGCAUGUCGGUUCAAAUAAACAUAUACUACCUAUCGGUUACAUGGUGAAUACUUAUGUUCUAAGAUUAACGGGUCGCAAAGUUAGGGAUCAUCAGAACUGUAUUCAUAUAUUAAAAGAAAUGCAUGUAUUCUAUACUGUUCUGGACUAAUUUUUGAACUCUUGAUGCACAGCUCAUCAGUAGCAUAUGCAUUACAUAAAUACAAUUAACAUAACCGAACAAUCAGUUACCAACAUGCAGGUACAAAUUUUGUGAAUAGACUUCUGAUAACCCAAGAUUUUGAAAUAUUGUCUCCUGAAUUUGCCUUAUUUUAGCCUCUUUUCUGUUUUUUUCUCUCUCUUUGUUUUGGUUCUUCCUUCUUUUAAAAAAAAAAAAAAAAUGUUACAUUAAUAAUGUAAAUAAUAAGGUGAGGAAAGAGGCCAUUUAACAUGUACAUUCUGCUAAAAUGAGUGGUUUGGUUUAAAGAAUGGCCUGGUAAUGUGUUGAAUUGAAUUAACACUGAAGCGUGAUAUUGAUUUGAGUGCUAGCAUUUAAUCAUGUUCCUAGUCAUUGAUGUUUCUUUUGAAUAGAGUAAAGAAUUACAGUCAGUAAUGUUACCGGUGCAUUUUGGGUGGGGUUGGGGGAAAGGGGGUGUGGGGAUGAGGAAGGUAUUUGUGUAUUGAAUUGAUUUUUGUCUAUUGAUAUUUAAAUUUGUUUCAUUAUUACUCUGUUUUCUUCAGAUGUUGUGUUCAGUUAUGAUGUCAAAGUAUACAGGACAUUUGAUGAUUUUCAGUUAUUAUAGUUUGUUGAUCUAAAUUCAACGCUAUAUAACCAUAAAUAAAAUGUGUUGAGUGCUUUGUUAAAUAAAAUAUUUCCUAAAUUCAAUGUUAAUUAUUUGGUUAAAAAAUAUAAUUAUUUACAAUCACCCACCAAAUAAAUUCAAAUAAAAAAAUUAAAAAUUACUGUCUCGUAAACCAUUAACUAUUUUGCAAUAUUCAACGUCAGGCAAUUAGAACAAAUAUGUUAUCUCAAUCCUAAAGACAUUUGAUAUUUCACAGUCAAAAUAAUGUAAAUGAAUGUGUCUGGUGCCAAUGUCUUGCAGUAGUUUUUAUCCAAUGUGCAAUACCUAGUAUAUUGAUGAUGUAACCAGAUCAAUGUAUUAAGUUUUAAAAGUAAAAUUGAAAUACACACAUUUUUCGACACAGAUUAGAUAAAAAUUAGCUCAUUUCUGUGUAUGCUUGUUUGUAACCAUCAUCAGAUGUAAAGCACUAUGUUUUAGGGCUGGUUUUAAUUUUUAGCAUGUAUCCUAACCUAAUCAUUAUUGAUUACACUACAUAAAAAAUUGUCAAUAUUAUGCACCCAGUUAUGAAAUGAUCUUGUACAUUUCUGUAACAUAAUUUUAUCAAUUUUAAGGCCUAGACCUCUUUGUUAUGUUGUUUUUUUCUUUGGUUAAUCAUGUUCAAUUUCUUUUAGGGAUUUAAAUUGGUACUAAAUUUAAUUGAGAAUUGAAUAAAAAUUAAUUAUUCCUUUUUGUUUAAAAAACCCAAAAAAACCUCCAAUGUUUACACAUUGUUUUCUACAUUUUGUAGGUUACAACUUGGGUGACACUCCAUUAUUGACGUAUGCAUUCAUAGUCAUCAAAUAAAAACAUUUCAAUGGCAAUUUGACACUGAAAGCUGUCCAGCGUUCAGAAAACA